GAAGAUGCCCUCCUGGGCCCUCUUCAUGGUUACCUCCUGCCUCCUCCUGGCCCCCCAAAACCUGGCACAAGUCACCAGCCAAGAUGUCUCCUUGAUGGCCUUGGACUCGAAGCCCCUGAACUGUUUCUCCCGAACAUUUGAGGACCUCACUUGCUUCUGGGAUGAGGAAGAGGCAGCGCCCAGUGGGACAUACCAGCUGCUGUAUGCCUACCCAGGGGAGACGCCUCGUGCCUGCCCCCUGAGUUCGCAGAGUGUGCCCUUUGGAACCCGAUAUGUGUGCCGGUUUCCUGCCCAGGAUGACAUACGCCUCUUCUUUCCACUGUACCUUUGGGUGAAGAAUGUGUUCCUGAACCAGACUACGACUAAGCAAGUGCUCUUUGUGGAUAGUGUGGGCCUGCCAGCUCCCCCCAGUAUCAUCGAGGCCAAGGGUGGGAGCCAGCCAGGAGAACUUCAGGUCAGCUGGGAGUCCCCAGCUCCUGAAAUCAGUGAUUUCCUGAGGCAUGAACUCCGCUAUGGCCCCAAGGAUUCUGAGAACUCCACUGGUCCCACAGUCAUGCAGCUGAUCGCCACAGAAACCUGCUGCCCCACUCUGUGGGCGCCAAACUCAGUCCCCGCUCUGGACCAGCCUUCAUGUGCUCAGCCCACGAUGCCCCAACAGGAUGGACCCACGCAGACCUCCCCGACUAGAGAAGCCCCAUCUCUGGCAGUGACGCGGGGAAGCUGCCUCAUCUCAGGGCUCCAGCCUGGCCGCUCCUACUGGCUCCAGCUGCGCAGCCAACCUGAUGGGGUCUCCCUUGGUGGCUCCUGGGGAUCCUGGUCUUUCCCUGUCACCGUGGACCUGCCUGCAGAUGCAGUGGCAAUUGGACUGCAAUGCUUUACCUUGGACCUAAAGAAUGUCACCUGUCAGUGGCAGCAACAGGACAAUGCUAGCUCCCAAGGCUUCUUCUACCACAGCAGGGUACGGUGCUGCCCCAGAGACAGGUACCCCAUCUGGGAGAAGUGUGAAGAGGAGGAGACAACAAAUCCAGGAUCACAGACCCCCCAGUUCUCCCGUUGCCACUUCCAGUCACGAAAUGACAGUGUUACUCACAUUCUUGUGGAGGUGACCACAGCCCAGGGUGCUGUUCAUAGCUACCUGGGCUCUCCUUUCUGGAUCCACCAGGCUGUGCUCAUUCCCACUCCAAGCUUACACUGGAGGGAGGUCUCCAGCGGGCAGCUGGAAUUGGAGUGGCAGCAUCCAUCAUCCUGGGCAGCCCAAGAGAUCUGCUAUCAGCUCCGAUACACGGGAGAAGGCCAUCAGGACUGGAAGGUGCUGGAGCUGCCUCUCGGGGCCCGCAGAGGGACCCUGGAGCUGCGCCCCCGAUCUCGCUACCGUUUACAGCUGCGCGCCAGGCUCAACGGCCCCACCUACCAAGGCCCCUGGAGCGCCUGGUCAGACCCAGCAGAGGUGGAGACCGCCUCCGAAACCGCCUGGAUCUCGUUGGUGACCGCCCUGCUCCUGGUGCUGGGCCUCAGCGCCCUUCUGGGCCUGCUGCUGCUGAGGUGGCAGUUCCCUGCGCACCACAGGACACUGAGGCAUGCCCUGUGGCCCUCACUUCCAGACCUACACCGGGUCCUAGGCCAGUACCUUAGGGAUACUGCAGCCCUGAGUCCGCCUAAGGCCACAGUCUCAGAUACCUAUGAAGAAGUGGAACCCAGCCUCCUUGAAAUCCUACCUAAGUCCUCAGAGAGGAGCCCCUUGCCCCUGUGUUCCUCCCAGGCCCAGAUGGACUACCGAGGAUUGCAGCCUUCUUGCCUGGGGACCAUGCCGCUAUCUGUGUGCCCACCCAUGGCUGAGUCAGGGUCCUGCUGCACCACCCACAUCGCCAACCAUUCCUAUCUACCACUAAGUUGUUGGCAGCAGCCCUGAGCACAGGCUCCUCAUCCCAGUACCCUGGACAGAUCGUAACCCUCUAGAUCUCACUAUGAACCUCUCUAUCCUCCCUACCCACAACACAAGCACCUCAAACCUCACCUCCAUCCCCCUCUGCCUACCCUCACAGUUGGGCUUUGUAGCACUGAUCUUCCUAUACCGCUGCUGACAUAAACCCAGGAGUUUUCUGCAGAGGCAGGCUCAUUUGACUAAGCUACUCUAACUUUUACCUUCUUUCUCCUCUUUAAUGUCAAACUCUUUGCAAACAAGUCUCUACUUCUCCACUUCCUAUUUACUCCUCAGACUGUUUCAAUUACUCCCCCCACUACUACUUUGCUAUUGAAACUGCUCAGGCAAAGUUCACCUCAAAUCUUCUAAUUGCAAGAUCCAGUAGGAUCUUGUUAAUCGUCAAUUUAUUUCAUCUCUCUGUGGCAUUAUUCAUGGUUGACUACUCAUUUCUCCUUUGAAUUCUCUGCUAUCUUGACUUCUAUAACAUUACUGGCUCUGCUCCUGCCCCUCUGAGUACACCAGCAGUUAAGAGGAAAAACUCUGGAGUCAGAGCUAAAUUCAAUUCUUGUCUUUCACACUUGUUAGCUGUGCAGCUUUGGCAAACAACUUAGUGUCUGAGCCUUAGUUUUCUCAACUGUAAAACAGGGAUAAUAACAGUACCACAUAGGGUCAGGAAGAGGAUUAAGUGAGAUAAUCUAAGUAAACCACAGUGCCUAGGACAUAGUAAAUGCUUAAUAUAUCUGAAACUCCUGUUAUAAUUACUCUUUCUUUUCUUCCCUUUUUUAAAGUUAAAUUUCCACACACAGCAUUGAUUUUCUUAAUCUCCUAGUCUGGUUUCUUCUACUCCUUAAUUAUUGCAGACCCUCAAGAUUCCAUUCUUAACAUAGUCUCUAAUCCCAUCUAUUCUCAGUGCCUUUACUAUAUGUUGACUAUUCCAAAGUUCUUAUCUCCAGCCCAGACUUCUACUAAAGCACCUAUGAUGCUUUAUGCAAAUAACUAUUUACAUGUCUGUCUCCCGCUACUAGAUUGUGAGCUCCUUGAGGGCAAGGGCUGUGAUUUAUUUGUCCUUUUCCCCCAGCACCUAGAGUAGUGUUUGGUGCAUGACAGUAGGCCUCAAUAAAAGUUUCCUAAAUGA